AUGGCAAGAUUUACUCGAACUAUUGUUUUUUGGCUUGUUUGUUUAUUGCACCUUAAAAUCGCCGUGGAUAUUCCGAAACCGUUUGUUAGCACGUCAUUAGCGUGUUUUACAUAUCGAAAAAAAAAUGGCAAAACAACAAAAAGUGUUAUGGAUGAUUGUAUGUUUGGUAAUACUUGUUGUUACAGUGCUGAAUUCAUCGAUAAGCAAACCGGAGAAACAGUGGAAUCCGGUGGUUGUGAAGAUGAGUAUCGUUUCAUAGUUGGAACUCAUCCCAUUCUUGGAAAUAUGCUACCAAUUACAAUCAGUUAUAUAUGUGAAGAGGGAUCGUGUAUUGAGCGUUCGACAAGUCGUGAUACUGCACGAUUAUGUGCUUGUAGGGAGCAUAACUGUAACAUGAAUGGUAUUGAUGAUACUAUCCGUGAUUAUCAGGAACGAGUUCAGAAAGGGCUUGUCAAAAGACCACCUGAUUUUGUAAAUCUUGUAGAACAAACUGUGCAAAUUUUGUUAAAUGGAUAA